AUGGAGUCGGCGAGGGGCCCCCCGCGUGUGAAGAACAAGGCCGCAGCGCCCGUUCAGAUCAGCGCCGAGCAGCUGCUCCGAGAAGCCGUCGACAGACAAGAAGUCUCCCUCAAAGCGCCGACGCAGCGCUUCAGCGACCUCGAGGAAUUGCACGAGUACCAGGGCAGGAAGCGCAAAGGGUUCGAGGACUACGUGCGAAGGAACCGGCUCAGCCUCCACAACUGGACGCAGUAUGCGCAGUGGGAGCUCGAGCAAAAGGAGUUUGCGCGCGCCCGGUCCGUCUUCGAACGUGCCCUCGACGCCCACCCCCAUAGCAUCCAGCUAUGGAUCCGCUACAUCGAAUCCGAGAUGAAGUCGCGCAACAUCAACCACGCCAGGAACCUCCUCGACCGUGCCGUCUCGGUCCUGCCCCGCAUCGACAAGCUAUGGUACAAGUACGUCUACAUGGAGGAGAUGCUGGGCAACAUCCCCGGAACGAGACAGGUCUUCGACCGCUGGAUGCAGUGGCAGCCGGACGAGGCCGCCUGGAGUGCCUACAUCAAGAUGGAAAAGCGCUACGGCGAGCUGGAUCGAGCGCGCGACAUCUUCCACGCCUUCACCGCCGUGCACCCGGAGCCCCGGAAUUGGAUCAAAUGGUCCAAGUUCGAGGAGGAGCACGGCACGAGCGACCUCGUGCGCGACGUCUUCGGCGGCGCCAUCGAGAGCCUGGGUGACGAGUUUGUCGACGAGAGACUCUUCAUCGCCUACGCCAAGUUCGAGGCCAAGCUGAAAGAGUACGAGCGGGCCCGGGCCAUUUACAAGUACGCCCUCGACCGCCUCCCGCGUUCGAGGUCGAUGCUGCUCCACAAGGCGUACACGACGUUUGAGAAGCAGUUUGGUGACAAGGACGGCGUCGAGGACGUGGUCCUGUCCAAGCGAAGACGGCACUACGAGGAACAGGUGCGCGAAAAGCCCAAAAACUACGAUGCCUGGUUCGACUACGCCGGACUGGAAGAGUCCUCGGGCGACGCCGACCGCGUCCGGGAAGUCUACGAGAGGGCCGUUGCUCAGGUGCCGCCCUCGCAGGAGAAGCGACACUGGCGAAGGUACAUCUACCUCUGGGUCUUCUACGCCGUCUGGGAGGAGCUCGAGGGGAAGGAUGCGGAACGGACGCGGCAGAUCUACGCCACCUGCCUCGGCCUGAUACCCCACAAGAAGUUUUCCUUUGCCAAGAUCUGGCUGCUGGCGGCCCAGUUCGAGCUUCGCCAAGGCGACGUCGCCGCCGCUCGGAAGCUUUUGGGUCGGGCCCUCGGCAUGUGCCCCAAGGACAAGAUCUUCGACGGCUACGUCGACAUCGAGCGGCGGCUGUUCGAGUUUGUGAGGUGCCGGACUUUGUACGAGAAGCACAUCGAGUACAACCCGGCCAACUGCCAGACCUGGAUCAGGUUCGCCGAGCUCGAACGCGGCCUCGACGACCUCGACCGCACGCGGGCCAUCUUUGAGCUCGCCGUGAGCCAGCCGCAGCUGGACAUGCCCGAGUUGCUGUGGAAGGCGUACAUCGACUUUGAGGAGGAGGAGGGCGAGUACGAGCGCACGCGCGCCCUGUACGAGCGCCUGCUCGACAAGACGGACCACGUCAAGGUUUGGAUCUCAUUUGCGCACUUCGAGAUCAACAUUCCCGACGACGAGGGCGAAGGUCAGGACGCCGAGGAGGAGGACAAGGAAGAGGAGGAGCAGCCUGUCAGCGACGAGGCCAAGGCGCGCGCCCGCGGCAUCUUCCAACGCGCGCUCAAGUCGAUGCGCGACAAGGACCUCAAGGAGGAGCGCGUGUCGCUGCUCAACGCGUGGCUGUCCUUUGAGCGCACCCACGGCACCGGCGAGGAGGUGGCCCGGGUGCAGGAGCAGAUGCCCCGGCGGACGAAACGGCGCAGAAAGCUCGACGACGACACCUUCGAGGAGUACGUCGACUAUAUUUUCCCUGCCGACGAUCAGCAGGCCAAGAGUCUAUCGGGCGUCCUGGCACUGGCUCAGAAGUGGAAGCAGACCGGCGGCGACCUAUCCGGCGCCUGA